ACAGAACAAGUACCAUUUAACUGAAUGGAAUAGAUAGUCAUACACAUGCUAUUACGGAACCAAGGAUUUUCCUUUCGUAUUCCACUGCACUCAUAGUUCUACCAUCAUGUUGUCUAUUAACACAAUCUCAAAUAAAUAACAAAAAUUAAUCAAGCUUCGUCAAUUUCUACGCUUGUUUAUAAAUUAAAGCUCAUAUUAGCAUCGUGAACAACCGUCAUUGAGAUUUUAUACUUGUGUAAGAUGAUCAUGAGUGCAGUAUACUUGAAGGAAAAAAAAUGUUGAAAAGAAGACUGAAAACAAAAAAUUAUUUCAGGAAAACGAAAGGUAACCGAAAUAAGAAAAGAAAACAAGGAGAAAAUGAGAGAAAACGUUCAGUGAAUAAAAAAAAUUAUGGAGUUUUACGUGCCAAAAUCACUUUCUGAUUAUGAGGCACGCCGUAGUGGGGUCCAUAGUGGGACCACCCGGGGUCCUUUAACAUGCACAAAAAUCUAAGUACACCAGUGUUUUCGCAUUUCGCCCCCAUCGAAAUGCGGCCGCCGUGGCCGGGAUUCGAUCCCGCGACUUCGUGCUUAGCAGCCCAACACCAUAGCCACUAAGCAACCACGGCGGGUAGUGAAUAAAAUAAAAAAAAACAUAAUUAUGCGAACAAAAAAGAAAAAGAAACACGUUAUCUAUAUAUGUCGGCAAAAAGAAGAAAAAAGAACACGUAGAAAUAAAAAUAAUAAACAACCUCUCAAGUGAAAGGAAAUGAAGAUCAACAAAUAAUUUUUUUCUCGAUGAUCGUAUCGAAAUUUUGAUGCAAAUAUAUCUUAAGUCAUGAUACAUAACAGUGUGAAUACAACUGCAGGCUGUGGAAACUGGAUGAAUUCAAAAACUUAAUCGAAUUCUCCAGUUGUAAAAAUGAAAGAGAGCAUAUUGCUCGAAGAAUGAAGACAUCACAAAGCCCGGCAGAAGUCAUCAAUAACCGAAGACAGAUGCAACAGAAGACAACAGACAAGAAAGCAGAGACACCCUCAGCAAAAAGCUUCAGCACCGAAUAAUGUGCGUCACGAAAAGUUCACAUUCAAGAUAAUUGUCGUUGUAUAACUGCAUAAAAAAGAAAAGAAGAGAAGAAAACCUGUACGUCAAAACAAUGUCGCCAUAUUAUGUAUUAUUCUAAUAUAUAUACAACAUUUCAAUAAAUUUCGCAGCUACCCGUUCUCCUGGCCCUGGUUUCACUGAGGAUAGAAGAUUCGCUCUCUCACUUUUUUUUUACACCACACAAUAUUAUUUGACUACGGUCCUUUUUAUUUAUUUAUUUUUAUUUUUGCGACUUGCCAGCCUGCAAUACUUAGGUGCAGCAGGCGGAGCUUAGUUUAUCAUUUUGGUUAUUUAACGUUAUUUUAUUAAUAAUGCUUAAUACAAUCCUUGUGUUUAUUAUAGGCAGUCUAACAUAAAUGCUUCCCCUUUCUAGGUUGACUGCAACGUUCUUAUUGUGGAGUGGCUGAAAGGAGCGGAAUUUCCUUAUUAUGCAGCAGCAGCGGCGAAUAGCCCUAUGCCCGGUGUGCUACUUUCAAAAUUGCUCCAAGACAUGGUGGAAACAUCACAGGGCAAACUGCAGCCAAAGAAUAUACAUCUCAUUGGAUUCAGCUUGGGUGCACAUGCGGCUGGCUUCUGCGCACGCCAUUUCCAUAACGCCACAAGAAAGAAGGUUGGGCGCAUAACAGGUCUAGAUCCAGCUGGUCCUUUGUUUGAAAACACGAUUGUGGCGUUGUCGAGGAAGGACGCGGAAUUUGUUGAUGUUAUACACACCGACUCGGGUAUUCUCGCAGAACUAAAACUAGGAAUCAAGGCGCCCAUUGGGCAUGUUGACUUCUACCCAAAUGGUGGGCAUGAUCAGCCAGGCUGCGAGGGUCCCACAUAUGUCGGAAGUAAUACAGACGUCGCCAUAAGAGAGCCACGCGCACCCCCCCCAGGUGUUCCUCGGGAACAUCGCCACGAAUCGCCGCCAUUGUAGAACAAAAAUUUAUUUUCGUUUACCCCAGUGAUUUCGCGUUCUGCGUUUUUGCCGAAUAAAG